CCAUGUUCAUCUCAUGCCACCCUGUGGGGGACCCAGAGCUGGCAAGCGACAGCAAGGCAGGGGCUGGGGACAUGCAGGCUGCGGGCUGACUGUUCGUGACACCACUCUGCAGGUGCCAGAGGCCAUGGCACAGGCAGCACUUGUUGGACAGUGGCCCUGGCACCGCCACAGUUCAGUUACCACCGUGGGCAUGACCUGGGGUCAAGGUGCCCGCAGCCAGGAUGGAGCCAGGCCAGUGGCCAGAGGCAGCGCUGGCUCUCAGGGCCGGGGUGAGGACGCUGGCCGCCGGCCGCUGGCCGGAGCUCGGGGGGCCGGCUGGGGGUGGGCUCCGGAGCCAGCCCCUCCCCGGCCGUAUAAAUCCCGAUUCCCCCUGCAGACGGUCGUCCCAGCCCUGCUCAGCUGCCGCGGCGGAGCAGCAGCGGGAAGGCGUCCGGAGCCGCCGUCGCAGCUGUGCCGGCGGGGGAAGGCUCCCCGCAGCCCGGGGGGUCCCCCCAGCAGGGCCGGGGGUGCGGGCGGGCACCCCACCAUGGCCUUCACCAUGCUGCGCCCCGUGGCUGCCCGCGUGCUCUACCCCGACCUCAGCAUGCUCUCGGAGGACGAGGAGAACCGGAGCGAGAGCGACACGUCGGACCAGUCGUUCGGCUGCUGCGAGGGCGCCGAGGCUCGCCGCAAGCUGCCGCGGAAGCCGGGGCCGAUGGUGAUGGUGAAGCAGAGGCAAGCGGCGAACGCACGGGAGCGGGACCGGACCCAGAGCGUCAACACGGCCUUCACCGCCCUGCGGACCCUCAUCCCCACCGAGCCGGUGGAUCGGAAGCUGUCCAAAAUAGAGACCCUCCGCCUGGCCUCCAGCUACAUCUCCCACCUGGCCAACGUGCUGCUGCUGGGCGAGGGAUGCGAGGACGGGCAGCCCUGCUUCAGUGCCAUCUAUGGCGCCAAGGGCGACCUGGACAGCAAACAGCCCCGCAGCAUCUGCACCUUCUGCCUCAGCAACCAGCGGAAAGGGGGCAGUCGGAGGGACCUCGGGGGCAACUGCCUGAAGGUGCGAGGGGUCACACCCCUGCGAGUGUCGCGGAGAUGAGCCGGGGUCCGGCAGCACCCACCUGAGACAGCGGCAGAGGCAGACGGAGCCCGCACACGCCAGCCCAGAGACCGCAGUGGGGAGGGAGGGAGCUGCUCACCUGAGGUGGCAGCGGCCGAGCCCAGGCUGGCACCGCACCAACACUGGCCCUGGAGCUGGCAGUGGGGCGGGAGGAUGCUCCUGUGGCUGAGGCUGCCCAUGCAGAGCAGGGCCGGGGAGGGGGUCCCCGCGGCCCAGGGCUGGACUGGAAGGGGCCUGUGUGCAGCCAGCGUCGAGGCGCUCCGGGGGGACAGUGUCAUGGCCCUGGGGAUGCUGGUUGUGCACGUGCAGCCGCUUGGAAAAUAAAACCUUAUUUUUCUGA